CAGAGGAGAGAGAGAGAGAGUGGGAGAUUCAAAAGAUUGGAUCCGAAUAGAACGGACUUCAUCUUUGUGUGCUCUGUCAUUUAAGUGUGUUUUGUGACAUUAUCUGGCUUCCCUUUUUUCUUUCCUCUGUGGAUUCCUUACCUGUUUUGUCACAGAGAGAAAGAAAAAGCAGGGAGGAAUUCCGGGUUCCUCCUCCAUUUUUUUUUUCAAUUCGUAGGAUCAAUGCUUGAUCAUCUUUCCAUCCCAGGCUUUUUCCAGAGAUGGAUACCAAGGUGGAGUACUUAUCUUUGUGUGAUUUCUGGUGUGGUGAUAUCUUAGAAGGAAUUUAUUCUAUUCUAUUCUUACAGUAACCAAUUCACCACAAAAACUGCCUCGAAAGGCGUAUGUCAACUUUAAAGGUUUAUUCUCUAUGAGGAGUACUAAUUAGUACGUCAACUAUUCUUGGUGUUUUUCUUCAUCAUCUUCUUCUUCAAAAUGGGUGCAUGUGUUUCGAAAUCGAAUAGAAGAAUCAUAGCAAGUCGGAAUGGCUGUAGAAGAUCUAGUGGCAAACGCAGGGGAGUAAUCUCCACUUCCAUUCCGGAUGUGCCCAUCAGACGAAUUAGUGAUGCUGGAAAUCGUGUUAGAGAUUUUGAUGUGAGUGAGCUUGUUCAUCUUGGCUUUGAGAAAGGUUCUGCUACAACAGCCUGCAAGAGAUCGGAGGUCUCCAACAUGAAAAUUCACCUCGCUCAACUUCAAUGGAACCAUGCCCAAGUUGAUCCAAAUGGCGGGGUAUGCCAAGAAGAAGCCUGGUUUGACUCGGUUAGCAUUCUUGAUUCUGACUCAGAUGAUGACUUUAGUAGUGUUCAUGGAGAUGGUUUUCCUAUAGCGGCUAAUCCAAUUGGAAGCAUACCAAACACUCAAUUGGUCCAGUACGAAAGUGCUUCAUGCUAUGUGGAUUCCAGGAGUAAGUAUGAAGAAUUUUACGAGAGUUACUUGAAAAUAGAUGGAGCCACUGCACAUUACAAUGACAAGAGUUAUCAACCAUUGUCUAGUCCCCAACACCCUCAGAGAAAACAACAGUCCACUUUGAUCAUGCUUUCUUACAAGAGAAAAUCCGCUGAUGGAAAUGAAAAGACUGAAUUCUGUGCUGCUGAGAAACUAUUAUAUCGUCCAAGAGCAGGAUUAAGAAUACCAUGCUCAACUGGAGAUAAGCCAGUACCUGGAUGCUGGUCAGCCGUUUCGCCUUCAGUUUUUAAGCUCCGUGGCGAGAAUUAUUUUAGAGAUAAACAGAAGCAACCAGCUUCAGGCUCUAGUCCAUACGUACCAUUUGGUGUUGAUCUAUUUAUAUGUCCACGAAAGAUUAAUCACAUUGCUCAGCACCUUGAACUCCCUUCUGUCAAAGCCAAUGACAAAGCACCUUCCCUCCUAAUUGUUAAUAUACAGCUUCCUACUUAUCCAGCAGCCAUGUUACUUGGAGACUGUAAUGGAGAAGGCAUGAGCCUUGUAUUAUACUUUAAAGUUUCUGAGAAUUUUGACAAAGAAAUCUCUCCUGCAUUUCAAGACAGCAUCAGGAGAUUUCUUGAGGAUGAGACAGAAAAAGUCAAAGGAUUUGCAAGGGAGUCAAUUGCUCCUUUCCGGGAAAGACUCAAAAUUUUGGCUGGAGUGGUGAAUCCAGAGGAACUUCAGUUGGGUUCUGCUGAAAGGAAGCUUAUCAAUGCUUAUAAUGAUAAGCCAGUACUCUCACGACCUCAACAUAGUUUCUUCAAGGGACCAAAUUACUUUGAGAUUGACCUUGAUAUACAUAGGUUCAGCUAUAUCUCUAGGAGAGGACUUGAAUCAUUCCGAGACCGUUUGAAGAAUGGUAUUCUUGAUUUGGGUUUAACUAUCCAGGCACAAAAACAAGAGGAGUUGCCAGAGAAAGUGUUAUGCUGUGUGCGGUUGAAUAAGAUUGAGUUUAUAAAUCAUGGACAAAUACCAACACUUGUAACUAUUGAUGGUUGACUUGGAGUUUGGACUAUAUAUAUAGAUAUAUAUAUUUAUAUAUAUACGUAUACAUUAACGUACCUUGGGGGAUGGGGAUAUUGCUUUUGGAGUUUACAAUUCCGGCGAAACAACAAACAAGAGUUGUAUCAACACAGUUGUCGUUAAAAUGACAGAAAAAUAUUAGAAAAGAAUAAUUCUUUCGGUAUAAAAAAAAAUUCCAACAAUUGUUGUA